AUGACAGAGGCCACCACCCAGGCUUGUGCGGAAGCCCCUCUCUCCAGCUGGAUCAGCCGUUUUGGAGUGCCAGAUGACAUAAGAACAGACCGAGGAGCCGCUUUUCUGUCAGAUUUGUGGGCCACCCUGGCCCGCUUGAUGGGGACAUUGCACCACAAAACAAUCUCCUACAACCCUGCAGCCACACUCCCUCAAGGCCUCCCUGAUGGUGAGUUGCUACCUUGGGUCCUCCUCGGCCUCCACACCUCUCCGAGGGCCAACGACGAAGCAUCACCUGCAGAGAAAGUCUACGUGGAAACCUUGGCAGUUCCAGGAGAAUUCUUCCCAUCAUCAACUGAUACCGAGGACAUCUCGAUCGCCAGAUUACGAGAAUCUGCAGGGAAAUUCACCCGCUGCCCCAAGACUUUCUCUGAUAGGACAAGCCACUUCCAGCCCAAGGCCCUAGAAACAUGCAAGAACGUCUUCGUCCACUACGACGCGCACCACACGCCCCUGACAAGGCCAUACUGUGCCCCAUUCCAAGUUCUCCGCCGAUCGGAAAAGACCUACCUCCUGCGUAUCAACAGGCAAGAGGAUUGGGUCUCCGUCGACAGGUUGAAGCCAGCUUUCCUGAUGGAGGAGGGCACCACUGAAGACGGACGCACCAGCCGCCCUGAAAUACCACCAGAAGACCUUCCUUCCCCCGAGAUCCCCAGACAUCGCCAACAUCGCCACAGUCGUCCGAAGACAGCAUUCAUGUAA